AUGGAGACAGAGUUUGUGGAGACAAUGUGUCAGCUGGAGCGCUUCUUCCCUCCAGCCCUUUUUGAUAUCAUGUUUCACCUUCCACUACAUUUAUCAAGAGAGGCACGGUUGGGAGGACCAGUUCACUUCCGAUGGAUGUAUCCCUUCGAAAGGUACAUGAAAACACUAAAGGCUUUUGUUAAGAAUUAUGCAAGGCCAGAAGCAUGUAUGGCUGAGGCGUAUUUAGCUGGAGAAUGUGUUGCAUUUUGUUUAGAGUUCCUUAAAGAAUCAGUACCAGUUCAAGAAGCAGUUAAUCGUAAUGAAGAUGUUGAGGCUGAUAGAAUGGUGGUUGAAGGCCGACCUCUGCAGAAGGGUAUAGAGAUUCAUUUAGACUCAAAAGAUAGUCAUUCUAAGGAGAUAAGGUGGUUGGCAUUUGGACCAAGAAAUGUUGCUUUAGCACAUAAAGGAUUCAUCAUCAAUGGCCAACGGUUUCAUACUGAUGCGGUCAAGCUGAAGACACAAAACAGUGGAGUAACUUAUGAAGCCUUUAGCAUGUGUAGAUCAAGUGCAAGAGAUAUGAGACAGGUCGCGGAUAUGAUUACAUACUAUGGAGUGAUAAAGGAGAUUUUGGUCAUCGACUAUCACAUGUUCAAAGUGCCACUCUUUAGAUGCAACUGGGCAAACACAGCGAAUGGUGUGAAGGAAGAAGAUGGCUUCACUCUUGUUAACCUUCAUAUGAACCAAGCAGCCUAUUUGAAAGAUCCAUUCAUUCUACCUUCUCAAGCGAAACAGGUUUUCUACUCUAGGGAGGAUGAUGCUUCAAAUUGGUAUGUUGUUAUGAGAGCACCACCUAGAGGUUAUCAUGAAUUGGAAACAGAAGAGGAUUUAGGUGGUGCUCCUUUACCUGUCCAAGAAGUUGAUGAUAUGGGUGAUGAUAUGGAUGAUGAUAGUGUAUAUGUUAGGGAUGAUUGUGAAAGUUUAUUAGUGGUAGAUUGA